AUGGAUUUUAAACAGGACAAGUAUAAAAUACCAGACACAGAAUGCAACAAUUCUUUCCUUCUAACAUUACAAGGCAGCAGGAUUGUGGAAUUGAAACCAGCAGAAGAAUGUAAACAUGAAUGCAAAUCAUUCAAAUUGGAACUUAAAGAGAGUUAUUUAUUAUGCUACAAUUGGUGGUACUGGAGACCUUUGGUUCAACAGUCAACUAGCAAUGAAACAUUCAUAGCUCAUGUUGGAUCUUACUGCUAA